AUGGAGACUUUUAUCCCGGCGACCUCGCCCCUGUUCCGCUACACACCAUGUAGAGAUUGUGACCCAUCUCUGGGAUUCUCAAGCGCACCUGCUGCCAAUGACCAGGCGUCAUCUUCUGGUCGAAGGACCACCGCCCCUGAUACGUCCAUCUCCCUCAAUUUUACCGGAACUUCCAUCUCAUUCCACCUCGGAGAUGUCUCUCCAUCCAUCACGACAUCAAUCUCAAUAGACGGCGAGGAUCCUCCUUCAACUUCCAAUGUCACGGCGACGUCUGUCUCCAAUCUCAAAUUUGGCUCUUACUCAUUUCAGCUCGACAUCCACCAGCCGUCUGAUCAGAGCGAAGAUAUCACUUUCCACGGCAUCACUGGUGGUCUUGGAAGUCUGUGGACCGCUCAGAGCUCCAAUGAGACGAUCGACGAUACGGCAUGGAGGGAGGAUAAAGUGAUUCUGACUCCAGCCUGGAACAUGUUGGAGCAGUCUGCGUCAAAUUGGAUUAACACGACCCAGUAUGACUCAGAGCUCCAGAUGUCGAACAACGAUUUCAAUGGUUCUAUCUCAUGGACUGAGCAGGUGAACGCAUCGACAACGAUCAGAUUCAACGGGACAUCCGUUUGGACAUUUGGUAUCUCUGGCGGAGAGGCUGGGAUCUACGAAGUCCUCUUGGAUGGACUUUCCGAAGGCUUGUUUGAUGCUUCCGGCGGGCCAAGAGUGUAUCAAUCUUUACUCUAUCACACGUCUGGUCUCAACAAUGCCGAGCAUAACCUAACAUUGCGGAAUGUCGAACAAGGCAAGAGACUGAGCUUUGACUUUGUCAACGCCACUUCUGGAUUGUUGCCCGUCACCAAUGAGCCACUCGCGGCGCCUGUACCUAUCCCUCCCAUUCCUCCCACUGUAUCUCCCGAUCAGGCCGCUUCAGCCAGCUCCUCGGUGCUCAAUGCAGGGACCAUCGCAGCCAUUGCGGUGUGCUCAUCUCUGGCAACCAUCACUGCCCUCGUUCUUGCAAUUUGGCUGUUGAAACGGACGCGGAACAGGUCAAAUGAAAAGGAGAAGGAGCCAUCCAUCAAACCUUUGACAACGUUCUGGCGAUGGUCAGGUCCUGGUCCUGCCGACCCUUCUGAUCCACUUGAAAAGGAUCGACCAUUCCUCCCUCUACCUUCUCCACCUGUAUCCUCCGGUCUGUCCGGCGCUCCCUUCGCUCGUUGGCCCUCGCCCCCCAUGACAGAUAGAACAGCUAUCUCAUCCCCUAAACCUUCUCAAACGAGUUUUCUGAGAUUGUCCAAAUCUCCUAAGAGGACAAAAGCGACAUUACCAUCACUUAAAUCAACUUUCACUAUCGAUAGUGGUCUGAUGCUUCCGCCUUCAGCCGCAACUCUGGAUCAACAACAACAUCAUCAACAUCAACAACAAGGAUCAAUCUCGAGCUUUCACACUCAGUCCAAGAGCGGUUCGAGACUCCCUACACCUUUAUUUGAACAGAGCAAAUAUGUCGAACGACCCUGUCCCGAGCAUCCUCCAACAGAUUUCUCUGCUUCUCCCACACCGCCAUUCUUUCAUGCCUUGACUGCCGCAGUCAACGGCAAGACAUCAUCACCGUUAUCGGAAUUGAGGGAUUCCUACUUUCCAGAGAUGAAGCCAAAGGCAUUGAAGAAAAAGGGAGCAAGAGGAGAAUCGAAUGGAUCAAUCAGUAUCAAGACGGCAGUGACGGGUUCAGAGGAUAGACCGCAGACUCCAGGAUGGAUCUUGGAUGGAUAUGGGAGGAACGGUGGACAGGGCAUUGAUAACGGUGGUACCGGGGUAUCCAAAGCGUUCGUCGAGCUUUCUCCUCGAGCAGAGUCAGCGAGGAGAAAGCCGUUUGGAGGCAGAUCAGGCUGGGCUGCGUUCAUAGCGGAAGAGGAACCAAGCAAGGAGGUCUAA